UCUCAGGCAACUCACAGACCAUUCCAAUGACUGUGAAGGCUAAAAGACGUGUACGCCCCCCGCAGGUGUUCAUCAAUUUCCGUGGAGAUGAACUCAGAGACAACUUCGUGAAUCAACUCGUAAGGGCCUUAAGAGAGGGAGAUAUCAAUGUUUUUAUAGAUCUCCAUGAGUUGAAGGGGAGGAAAUUAAAAACUCUUUUCACAAGGAUCGAGAACUCUAAAAUCGCACUUGCGGUUUUCUCCAAGAGGUAUUGUGAGUCUAAGUGGUGUUUGAAUGAGCUUGCCAAGAUGAACGACGAAAUGCAAGAAGGUAAACUCGUGGUGAUACCAAUCUUCUAUAAUGUAACAUCUCAUGAUGUGAAAAGAGCAGGCAACCUUGAUAGAGAAGCCGAUUUCGAAGGGGAAGAAGAAGAGUUCACUGUUCUUUUCAAGAAAAUGAAGGAGAAGCACGCAAAUAAUCCCAACCUGGUCAACAGAUGGGAGCUUGCCCUGAAGUCUGUAACAGAAAGAGUGGGCUUUUCCACAAAUGUAUACGGAAAAAUUCUGGUAAAGUCUAUAGUUCUGGAAGUUAGGAGACAUCUAGGCAUGCCCCUGGAGAAACCAAUGUCUGAUGUUGAUGUUGCUUCUGCUCUUUGGGCAAGUUCUGUCUUUAGUUAUAUCAUAGCUCCUCUGAUUUUUCCGGAUGUGAAAUUUUUCAAGACUGGUAAGUGGGUCUUAGGUUUUCCAUUUUUGGUUCUUGUCUGGCACAUUUGGGAUAGGGAAAACAAGAAAAAAGCACUGGCUUACAUCAGCCAAAUGAGUCAUAUCACCAUUUGGGAUGACAAGGAGAUUCAUAAGAAAUCAUCGGGUUUAAUUGGGUCGUGGAGAAGGCCUUAUCACAGCGAAUCGGCUGCGAUCCGCAAACAGAGUUCUUCAAGAUCCGUGAUUAGAAAAAGCCCUUUAGCAAAAAUAAAAGAUCCGUGAUUAGAUUUAUAAAGUCAUGAGGAGAAUCGCAAAAUAUUUGACAUUAUUCAUUUGUAAUGAUCUUUAGUUUUAUUCCAACAAAUGUGUGUUUUUCUGUUUUGUGAAAGAUUUUAUUAUAUCAUUUU